AUGGCCUCUGAUUCGGAGGUGGACGCUCCUCGCGUCAAUGGCAAUGUCGAGGACGCUGUCCUCGGUGGCCUCGACCCGUCGACCCCUCAAGAGCACGAGACGGGCGCUCAUCCGCUGUCCCAAAUCACGCUCCCGUCUACAGAAAUGCCAGGAUCGCCCAUUGACGCAAACCAAUCGUUCAAGACGGAGGUCAUGGAUGACCGACCAGCCAUCACCGUGAUUCCGUCAUCGCUGACGCCGCCGCCGUCCACGCAGGUCGCGGCGAGCAACGGUGCCUCGAGGCGCACCUACUCCACCUCUCAACAGUCGGCCCUCUUCUCACCACCCGCCACCAUACUCAACACGAUGCGUGAGCGAGACAUUGAGUCCGACUACACGCCGCCGGCACCCCACCGAGUGCUCGAGGCAUCGGCCGAGGAGCUGCGCGCCAUGCUGCAGACUUGCAUCGCCGAGAACCAGAAGCUCAAGAUGGAGGCAGCGCACCAUAAGCUGCAGUAUAACCUGCUGAGCCUGCAGGCGGACGAAGAAUCCAAGCGCGCCGCGGUGGAGCACGACAUGGUGCGCCGUGAAGUGGACGCCUUGCGGAUGGCGGAGCAUUCCCGACAGGCCAAGCGAGAGCUGAGCACCGUGUCCGAGUCAAUACAGAACAAAUACCUGCAGAUGAAGAUGUGGUACGAAUCGGCAAUGGAGGAGAACGAGGCGCUCAGCCGCAGGGUCAAGCUGGCCAAGAAGGUGAUCCAGCAGAAGGAGGAAGAGACCAUGACGCUGGCCGAGGAGCGCGAGAUGCUGCUGAACCGGAUCCGCGAGAACCGCGAGCACUUUCACAUGCUGUGCAGCCCGGGCGGCAUCUUUCACAACGCCCUGACGCCCAAGCAGGUCAUCACAUCGACGCCACUACAGCAGCAGCACCAGCAGCAACACCGCACGGCAUCUCGCGCCCUGCACCGGGAAGAGACGGACGGACGGGAGCACGGGCUGUCGGCUCUGCUGGAAGCCAUGAGCCAGAGCCAAUCUCAAGAAAACAACGCGGCCACCAUGGCCGCCACCAACAACAACAGCGCGCCGUCAACGCCAAUGGUGAUGGCUCGACCUGCCUCUCGACUGGUCAGACGGCACCAGCGCAACGCCCAAUCCAUGUCAUCGCUCCCGACGACUCCCUCCAGCAGACUACGUGGAGACAACAGCGGCCUGCUACCGUCGGUGAACCUAGUGGCGCAGACGGAGCCGAGGUCUCGCUAUUCGCAGCGACGAUUCGUCCCCACGACACCCCCCUCCCAGAGACAGUCGCGGCGGAGAAGACGAGAGAGCACCAUUUCGGCCGACGACAACGAGGAGCUUGCUCGACAGGCCAUCGAAUCGGCCAAGGCAGUACAAUCACUGUCGACCCAAGAUGCCCCGGAGGCGGUCCCGCUCAGCUCACAAGAGGAUGACGAGCAAAUCCAGGACAGCCAGGCGAGCCAGGCGGCGGCCGAGAUGCUGCGCCGGCACCCCGGCCAGGGAUACAAGGCGGCGUCAUCCCGGGAUGGCACGGCAGGACCGGCGGAGAAAUCUGCGGCAAUGCACGCCAAGCUCUUCGCCGGCAGUAAAACGGCGACCGGGGCUGAGAAGCGCAAACUGACGGCCGAGGGUGAGGCCGGAGCCGAUGAGAUGGAAAGUCCGCAGAAGAAGCUGAGGACAGGCGGAGCUGCGUCGGAAAGCCGCCGUGUUGGGCUGGGCAUUCAAUACGGACAAUGA